AUGUCAGAGUUUGCAGCUGCAAACACGGCAAGCAUGGUUCUCUUCGUUGGGAACCCAACGAAUGUCGUCAUCUGUGAAGGGUUUCGCGUCAACAAUGCAGCCUUCACUGCAUACACCAUCCUACCAUUCCUGGCGUGCAUUACCGUGUGCUUCAUCGCGUUAGCCGCCCAAUUCCAUAAGUCCAAAUAUCUGCCAAGGCGCCUGAAUGUGGCAGGUGAUUUGGAUGUUCGAGCCGUCCUGCUCGACCCCAGAGGAGCUUGGGUGGGAAGCCUCUUGCUGGGCAGUUGCCUGACGGUCAUCAUCAUCGUGAGCUUCUUCCAUGUCGAUGUCUGGGAGAUCAGCUUGCCGUUCGCUGCCGCGAAAUUUAUCUACGAUGUCGCAUGGGAUCACUACAGUCGAACUCCUCUUAACCCAUGCUCCUAA